CAAAAGGCAAAGGAAAAAAUAAGCAUCCAAAGGAAAGAAUGGUUUCUGCAACGAGAAUGCCAUUGAUUCUCUUCUUCGCUUUCUCUCUCCUUGUACAAGGAAUAUUAGGUGGUGAUGUGAUCUGCGAGAAUUUGCCGACGAAGCUGUGCUCGUUCGCGAUCGCGUCGUCGGGGAAGAGGUGCGUGUUGGAGAACUACACGUGCAAGACGUCGGAGGUGGUGGUGGAGAGAAUGUCCGGAUACCUCGAGACUGAUGACUGCGUCAAGGCAUGCGAAGUCGAUCGCCGAUUCGUCGGAAUCUCAUCCGACGCCUUCUUGGCGCCGGACUUCGCCGCACGCCUCUGCUCUGAUUCUUGUUAUCAGAAUUGCCCUAACAUUGUCGACCUCUAUUUCAACCUCGCUGCCGGAGAAGGUGUAUUUCUGCCAUCUCUCUGUGAGAAGCACAAGACAAAUCGUCGCCGUGCGUUGCUGUAGAUUUCGAGCAACGGUGGUGUCGUAGCUCCUGCCCCAGAACCUUUCUAAAAUCAUUUAUCAUCAUAAUUCUUUGAAUUAUUGUAUACAUUGUACUGGUGAUUUUGUGGGAGACUCCUCUCAAAAAAAUUUCCUUCCACAUCAUCACAGCCCUCUCCUCCCAUAAGCCUUUCAAUUUAAUUCAUUUUAAUUGUUAUUGUUUAUCAAAUAUAAAAUGUAAUGAAUUGUAUAUAUAGAAUAGAAAUAAAAAAAA